AUGGCCAUGGACCACGUCGGCAUCAUGAAUUUUCUGCACACGCAUCGAGACGAAGGCUGCAUGUCCGCCAUCGCUCUCAAUGUGCUGCAUGCAUUCCGCGACCAAGUAUUCGACGACAACGACGAAGUGUUGGUAGCGCAGCUCAACGACCAGCGGGUCCAGUGCAUCGAGUACCUCGUCGUGCUACGCGUUUCACACUAA